GCUCUCUGCCUCUUUUCCCUCAUCGCCUAGCCCGUAUCGCACGGCACAGCGACAAAAGACGGCCACUAUUCGAUCUCGGGAGAUAUCUUGCCCCACUUCCCGGUACUGUCGGACGCCUGUGCUUUAAUAUGUCUCCGAUAAUCCUCGAACCUCCCACCAUGUCUUUCCACCACAAUAACAACCUCAACAACCUCGCCAAGCUCCAACUUAACCAUUCUGCCUCUCCAUCCGCAGAUGAUGUAGCCAGUCGCAUCGAGUCCCCCAAGGCCCUCAGUGCCAGCUCGUACCGACCCGUGCUCCAUUCUCCAGCGCCGCCCUCCUCGGGUCAUUCGCCCUCUCCGCGCGGUCGCGAAAGGCGUUUUGAUCAAGAUACUAUCACAAAGACAAGCAGCGAUCUUCUUCCCUCAUCUUCUCAAUGUGCCAGCUGUAACGCGACAAAGACGUCGCAAUGGCGCCGUGACGCUGAUGGCAGGCAAAUCUGCAAUGCGUGCGGUCUUAGCCAAAAGACUCGCCGUACCCCUAGGCGUUCAUCCAUCUCGCGCUCAUCUCUCUCUCCAGCUGGCACUGGAUCGCUGCCCCACCACACUCCCUCCAACUCCGAUUCCUCUCCUGGUCGACAGAUGUCGGGUUCUCCUCAGCACUCCCCAGUGGCGUCACCCAUGAAUCAGUCAAUCGUUCAACAAAAUAACAAGCAACAGCCUCAAGUGCAGGCUCUCAGGGGUACGUGUCCCGGCGACGGGCGUUGCGACGGAACGGGGGGUACGUCGGCUUGCGCUGGCUGCCCUACGUACAACAAUACGCUCCAAGCUCGCUUUGAGCUUGAAAUGGCUGACUCUCAGGCUGCUUCGCCUUCCGUAGAUCUCAGCGGCAGCUCGCCGGGUACCCACGCGCUUGCGCACGGGAACGCGCAGCACGAUACUAUUACUAAAACCGCCGAAGCUGGUACCAGCGGGGGCAGGAUGCCCCGUGGCCGCAGUGCGGUCGGUGCACUCAGCUGUGCAAAUUGUGGAACGAGCACAACGCCCCUCUGGCGACGCGACGAUGCAGGCAACAACAUUUGCAACGCGUGUGGUCUCUAUUACAAACUUCACGGCACCCAUCGGCCGAAUUCGAUGAAGAAGACGGUCAUUAAGCGACGGAAACGCGUGCCAGCAGCAGGCCCCGGCCCCACAACAAUGCAGAUGCCUUCACCUGGUCAAGGUUCAGGUCGCCAACUCCCUCGCAUGUCUGAGCAGGCAGCUGCAGAGACACUUGUUUCUGUAGGUCGUGGAGCACAUGAUCGUAGCCCUAUCGGCGAGAGCGACGACGACAACGAUCGUCAGCACUUGAGGAAAAAACCGAGGCGCGGAGUUGCUGGAGAGUUAGGACCGGAAUACGAGGAAGGCGAAAGACUGCGGGAACAACGCAGACGUGAAGGCUGGCAAGAAGAAGGCCAGCCUCAAGGCUCGUCAUCAGGUUUUGGGACCUUCUCCGUAGACAAUCAAGCUGCGCGUUCUGGUGCAUUCUAUAGCCCUUCGCUAGGCCAAGCUACAGGCGGAUAUGACUUGCCACCACUGAACGCUGCGCUCGGCGGGGAUAAAAUGGGUUCUCGAUAUGCUUAUGCGGCGCAGGGAGCUGCAUCGUCGUCGUAUUCUCGUUCAGAGGGCAUUCCGACUCGCACGCAUUCCCCUGCUUCUCUGCACCAGCCGGGUUCGCAACAAUCCGCACCUCUUAAUACUGGCUUCCACUUACCGCCACCACACGGCCUUGGGCAGGGACAUCCACCCUUUUUCCAUGGAUCUGGUGCAAGUAGUGGACAUCUCGGUCAGGCACGUACGAGUUCGCCUCGUGCGCCUUCUCCGCUUCGAGAGGGAACCACAGGAGGAGACGGUUCGGUCGUGAUAGUGCCAACCAUCAACGAACUUGAGGCACAUUACCAUGAGCUCACAGAGCAACGCCGCCGAAUGCAGGAGAUGCUCGAAAGGACGGACCGGAUGAUAGCGGGCGUAAAGCGUGGAAUGGACGAAAUGCGUGGUGGAAGUGGGGCUGGAAAUGGAAAUGGCAACGGGGUUAGCACAGGCGCAAGUGCUAGUGCGCCUCUCCCUCUGUCUUCACGCGGAGACCGAAGGGAGGGAAUGAACAUCUGGCCUGUCGCCCCCGAUCCCUCCGCCCGGGAAUGAUACAACCCACGCACCAAGUAAUCUCCUUAUGGAUUUUUUGAAGACAAUGGUGAUAUACGUUGAUCUGUCUAUUAGACUUGUCUGUUCACGCUUGAUGCUGAGCCGUUCAAAAAAACUCUCCCACCUCGCUAUUUUUCUUCCUUUCUCAAAUUUACCUUGACACGUUCAUCUGCCAUGUAUAUGCUUAUUUACACCCUUUUAAUCUCGCCGAUAAUCUUUCCAUUUUCAAUAUCUCAUGUGUCGGCUUAUUGCUUCAUCGUCCCUUGCAUUUACCUUGCUUCCUUUUUGCUUGUUUGAGUCCUCUUCUGAUUGUCCCAGAAGAUGGUGUUGAUCAUCUUUCUUCACUAGUACUUCCUGUCGCACUUUAGUAGACAUCACGACCUUUUCUGUAUCAGCAUUGUGUUACUGUAUGUAACGUAUUUAAGGGAG